AGGCGUGCGCCCCGAAUGGAUGGGGUUCGCCCUGCUCCUGCUGCGAGUACGACCCCGCCAUCAACUGCGCCGAAGCUUGCUAAUCCAACGCGCCGAGGCGUCGCGGGCGCGAGCUCAUCUCCGCCGCGGCAAUCCGGGGGGCUGCCAUGUACAGGUACGCCGCGCGCACGGAGGGAGCGCGGCGGGGCGGUCUCCUCUGGCACAGCGGCCACGAGAUACGGCCGCGAGAUAUAUGUGGUCGGUGGAUCCGUGAAUGUGGCGAGAGGGGGGUACAGUAUUUUGUUGUGUACAAUAGCUAAAUU